CGUAUCGGAAAGCGAUUUGACCGUGGUAACCCGGUUUGGCCCUGCCUACUGAAUUCUGAUUCCUACUGCACGUCUUGAUCGCCUGAUUGAAAUUUCUACUCCAGUGCCCGCCCUAGGUAUCUUCUUCGGCUCCUCGAUAGGCAGGUCUUAGAUUUGCGAUUGGUGGUAUGAAUUGCCGUUGAAGUCGAUGAUAUAGCACCCGAUCUGGGAACGUUGAGGCGGAGCUGCGAGUGAUGGGGCAUAGCUCGAAGAAGAAGAAGAAGCGAAGCGGAGGAGGACGGGGCAGGGGCUGGGCGUCCUCCAAGGACUCAUCAUGUGCCGCCAUGGUCGAUGAAAAUCUUCUUGCCGACGAGUUGACUGUAUUGAACUCAAUAUUUCAGGAUGACUUCAAAAUCACAUCUGAACCACCUCAUGCUUCUUUUUCGAUAAAGCUGAGGCCUUACUCAAGCGAUAUGGGCUAUGAUGAUCUCUAUGUUUCUGCUAGUCUCUUGGUAAGAUGCUUACCUGGUUAUCCAUACAAAUGCCCCAAACUACAGAUAAUGCCAGAGAGAGGUUUGUUAAAAGAAGAUGCUGAUAGACUCCUUGUUUUGCUUCUUGACCAGGCAAAGGUUAAUGCUCAGGAAGGACGGGUAAUGAUUUUCAAUUUGGUGGAAGCAGCUCAAGAGUUUCUAUCUGAAAUUACUCCUUUGAGCGAAUCACAUGAAUCUAUACCUUAUGUUAGUUCUAGCAUAAAGAGUGAGGAAGCAACAUCCCAGUUUGACAAAUACUGUUAUUCCGAUGGGUCUUCUGUUUAUAGUUUGGUUGAUCUCUACAGUGACUUGUGUGGUAAUGAUGUAACAUUGAGUCAUGUCAAAAAAGCUAUGAAUGGCAACUCUAGCAAAACAUUUAAGAUAGAAGUUAGGCAAGCCAAUCUGAACAACAACAAUAUCUAUUUGGAUUCUCAUACUUCGGCUAAUCCUGAAAUUCCUGUCAGAGAUGAUAGUUUGCUGCAAAAUAGGAAAUAUGAAGCAAUAAAUCUGAUAAAACAUGGGGAUUCACUAUCAGCUUCAAAGCUAAAUGUUGUUGCUGAAGAAGGUGACAAUGACACAACAAGUUCAUCUCCAAAGGCUACUUCUAUACCAAUGUUCCCAGAUACUUUGCAGAAUAUUAAUGAUAGCACAAAGCAUGAGGACAUGAACCUUAGAGAGCCGGUAACCGAGAAUGAUAAUUUCGGUUCAGAUGAUUUAUUCUCAAGUUCAUCUAGCUAUGUUUCAGUUACAAGUGAUAAUGACUCUCAAAGUAGAGGAAAAGAUCUUCUUCUGAUACAUUUACUUCGCAUUGCUUGCUCUUCAAAGGAAUCACUAACUAAUGUUUUACCAGAAAUAUCACUGGAGUUAAGGAAAAUAGGGGUUCUUUCAGAAUGGGCUAGGGAUUUGGUUGCUGCGCCCUCUUCAGAAUUUACUGAGGCAUUUAAUAAUGCAUUUGGACGACAAGUUGCAUCUUCAAGGUUCUCUGAGUUUUGGAGAAUGGACAGUAGUUCAUCUAAAUCAACUUCACGUUACCUUAGUGACUUUGAGGAAGUUCGCUCACUUGGCCGUGGGGCUUUUGGCCAUGUUGCUUUAUGUAGAAAUAAACUGGAUGGGCGACAAUAUGCUCUAAAAAAGAUUCGCCUUAAAGAUGAAAAUCUUCAUGUUAACGAGAAGAUAUUGAGCUUCGUAAGAGCUUGA